AUGGGUUCCACGUCGAUUCCGUGUUUGUGGAUUACAUUUUGCAUUCAUCUAUGUUGUUUUAUGGACACUGGAAAAGCACAGAAUGCGAAAGAAGGUAUGUAAUAAAGUUUGAUACCCUUUCAUCAUCCAGGCUACAUCCCGAAAACUGAUCGGCAAUGGCGCGAAGUGACAUCCAAAGACAGCGCACAUCCUGAAAUUCUGUUGUUUGCGCACGAAUUCCUGUAUUUGUGAAAUGUGUUAAAUACAUUUUUCAAUUACAUACAGUGUUGUUAGUCAGUGGAUCGCAGUCUCUGUGCGCAUCCACACAGCGUUUGUGGGACAAACGGUCCGUUGUAGGCUAUUUUAGCAGGCUUUUACGCAUGGCACCAAAUCGACGGACAAUGGUUACAUUUUCGUUUACAAGGCUUAGAAAGUCUACAUUUGGGAAGAUUUUCAUUCCACUCAGUGUCAUAUCAUACAUACAUCAUGACUAGGAAUAAACUUCCAAGAUCGUUGGAUAGGCUAAUUACUAUCACAUUAGACACCAUAAAUAUGGUACACAGUAACCCUCCUUGUCAUUACAGGAGUUCAUGUUUGAAAUACCUUAAGUAAAUCUGUUUUUCUACAAACUGGCAUGCACAGAGCGCGCAAGGAAAGUAUAUCUAUAUCACAUACACAGAGCGAUAGAAAGGACGAUCACUAUACACUGUUGAUAUAAAUAAACUAAAGAAUGUUAUGUUCAUCUUGCUAAAGAAAUAGGCUUAUUAAUAAAUAAAUACAAUUGGAAGGAUAGAAAUAAGAUUAAAAUGUCACUAAGUUGUUGACCUUCACUUAUAAGGUGAUUAUUGUGUUCGUAAACACACUGUAUUGAUUCUGAAAUAGUCUACUGUAGUGUCCGUCUGAAGCUUGAAACAGGCUGUGUAAAUUGUAAAAAAAAAAAAAAGCAUAUAUGGCUAUAAUAUAUAGUCGUAUGUCUGAUCAAUAUAUUUAACAGAUAUUUAGCCCUUUUAUUAAACACACUCUCUCAGGUCCCUGCGUUCUAGGGAGAUAAAUCGGCAGUGCGCUCUCGGGCUGUAUUCAGUGAAUGGUUCGGCCGUGACUACCCACUAAUAAUCUAUUGAAUGCCUAUACCCAAUAUAUUUAAGUGACACUUUUACACCAAAUUCAUGUCGCCUUUGGUAGACUACAUCUGAACUGUUUUGGGAUCAUUUUCCUGUUGUUAGUGCGCCUGUCGCCCGGGCACAGCAAGGACUCAUGCAUUGCUUUUUAAUGUCCGAGAUUUACGUACAGAGGCAGGUGUUCUCGUCUAACCUUAUUGCACCAGCAUGCAUGCAUUCUAAAAAGACACACCGAUAGGUUUGAAUAAUUGUGCUAUUUUACCUCAUGUUUAUGUGGUUUGUAGGCUACAUGGAACCCAAAGUUGUCACACACAACACUUACUUUUUAGAUAAAUGGAGAUACAAGUUGUCCUCAGUCUUUAUAGGAAGGAACAUGUGUUUAUCCAGUGUUUGGUGCUGCAAUGUCUUGAAUAUAUAGCAGUUUUCUCAUGCAGUGUCAUUUAGGUGAAAGGUAUUGCCAUCAAUGCCCAUCUGCUCAGCCUGUAAUUGUUCAUUUUAAUAGCUGGCUGCAGAAAAUGGGUCAUAUGUCUACUCAUCUACCCGCAAAGUAGACUUUUAUAGAUUAUUAGUCAUAUUCAGCGAACAGACAGUGGCACAUUCAGAGAUUUAAUCGCCUGCUCUACCAUUUUAUUUCCUGUCGCUAGUGAUUCUGUUGGAUUCCAAGGCGCAGCUGACAGAGCUGGAGUGGAUAUCCUAUCCUCCUAGUGGGGUAAGUGGGACAGACACUAACUAGCCUACACUCUUCUGAGAACGUCAACAUAUAAUACUCGAAUCAACACUAUUAUUUCCACCAUUAUCAUGCUCCAUAUGGAAGUCCUUUCCACCACAAAAAAUAAAUACAUCUGACUACGAGUUUUGAGAUAGUAGGUCAUUAUUAUGAGAUAGUAUGUUAUUAUUAUGACAUAGUAAGUCGUUAUUAUGAGAUAGUAAGUCAUUAUUAUGAUAUGCAUUUAGGCGAUCUGUAUCACAUGAAUCCAAUGUGCACUUUGCAUCAGGCCGUCCGCAACUUUCAAGGAUAACCUUUUGUAUAUCCUAUAGUCAAUCACAGGUUGUGUGUGUGUGUGUGUGUGAGUGAGAGAGAGUUUGUGGUGAUAUUGUUCGAUAUUAAUGUAUUAAAACGUUUUUUUGAUGUGAGUUGGUGCCUCCAUUAAAAAGUAAAUCUGGGAUUGGUACAUCCAUUUUUGACUUUUAAAUGAUUAAUAUACUGUAUAGCCAUUCAUUAUUGAGGAAUAUAACUUAGAAAUGCAUGAGCAACAGUCUUACCCCAUCAGAACCCCAAAUACACGCGUGUUUUACUCCAUUGUUUGUAAACAAUAUAAUUGUAAACAAAAACGGUAUAGCUUCAAAACAUGGUUAAAAUUGUUAUUUUGAUCUCAUGAAUGGUCAAUCCUUGCUUCCAUAUGUGAGAGUCCUUGCGUCUAUGUAUUUGAGAGUGGUUACAUUUCUCCUGCUCCAUUCCUCAGCUGUUUACCAAAUAAAGUGACGGGGAGUGGGCUUUGUUUUUGUUUGAAUCCCAGAUUUCCCCUUUAAAAUUGGUCGACCUGCAGGACUAUUCAAUGACCAUGAUCCAGACUUACUAUCUCAUAAUUAUGACUUACAUAUCUCAGAAUUAUGACUUAUAUAUCUCAUAAUAAUGACUUACUAUGUAAUAGUUACAUACUAUCUCAUAACUUGUAGUCUUGUUCUUUUGUUCUUUAUUGGUGGCGGUAGGCCUACUAACGAGGAAAAUCUAGGGCUAAUUGGAAUGGGAAAUUUCAACACAUUCCAGUAUAAUUAUAUCUGGCUGACUCAUUACCAUGCAUAUGUGCCUCUCGGUAAUUGUCAGCCGCACUAUCCGGAGGCAAGCUUUUAAAAAUUGCCACAGUGUCGGACUGAAUUCUACAAAGGCAAUUUGGGUGGGAUAUUUGUUAAUGUUAAUUGAUGUCAAUAGUAGUAGUCCUGAAAAUCUAUUGGAUGGGUGGCAUUUAAGUGAAGAGAUAUUAAUUUAGUUUUUGAUGUAGCCUAGGCCUCUAGUCAACUUUCCAUAAUAGCCGGUCUCUAAAUGUUUUUACAUUUUAAUAAAUAAAAACAUUUAAAAAAGAAAUACAAAAUUAAGUAAUGUGAUUGGAAAGUCAUGAAUGGAAAUAAUCUUAAUUGAUCCAUAAUUUGUUUUUAUGCUUAUCAGGUUUACUUACAGUACCUUCAGAAUGUAUUCACACCUCUUGACUUUUUCCAAAUGUUGUUGUCUUACAGCCUGAAUUUAAAAUGUAUUAAAUUGAGAUUUUUUGUCACUGGCCUACACACAAUACCUCAUAAUGUCAAAGUGGUGUUUUUAGACAUUUUUACAAAUGAAUUACAAAUGGAAAGCUGAAAUGUCUUCAGUCAAUAAGUAUUUAACCCCUUUGUUAUGGCAAGCCUAAAUACGUUCAGGAGUAAAAAUGUUGCUUAACAAGUCACAUAAUAAGUUGCUUGGACUCACUCUGUGUGCAAUAAAAGUGUUUAACAUGAUUUUUGAAUGACUACCUCAUCUCUGUACCCAAGGCAUACAAUUAUCUGUAAGGUCCCUCAGUCGAGCAUAUUGAAUAUCCCUUUGAGCUUGGUGAAGUUAUUAAUUACACUUUGGAUGGUGUAUCAAUACACCCAGUCACUACAAAGAUACAGGCGCCCUUCCUAACUCAGUUGCCGGAGAGGAAGGAAACCACUCAGGGAUUUCACCAUGAGGCCAAUUAAAACAGUUACAGAGUUUAAUGGCUGUGAUAGGAGAAAACUGAGGAUGGAUCAACAACAUUGUAGUUACUCCACAAUACUAACCUAAAUGACAGAGUGAAAAGAAGGAAACCUUUUUGCAAUAAGGCAAAUCCAACACAACACAUCACUGAGUACCACUCUUCAUAUUUUCAAGCAUGUGGUGGCUGCAUCAUGUUAUGGGUAUGCUUGUCAUCGGCAAGGACUAGUGAGUUUUCUUCAGGAUAUAAAUAAAUGGUAUAGAGCUAAGCACAGGCAAAUUCCUAGAGGAAAUCCUGGUUCAGUCUGCUUUCCAACAGACAUUGGGAGUAUAUUCACCUUUCAGCAGGACAAUAACCUAAAACCCAAGGCCAAAUAUACACUGGAGUUGCUUACCAAGACGACAUUGAAUCUUCCUGUGUGGCCUAGUUACAGUUUUGACUUAAAUCAGCUUGAAAAUAUAAGACAAGACUUGCAAAUGGCUGUCUAGCAGUGAUCAACAACCAACUUGACAGAGCUUGAAGAAUUUUAAAAUACUAUUGUACAAUCCAGGUGUGGAAAGCUCUUAGAGACUUACCCAGAAAGAGUCACAGCUGUAAUCGCUGCCAAAGGUGAUUCUAACAUGUAUUGACUGUAAAAAAAAUGUGUAUUUAUUUUGUAACACAACAAAAUCUGGAAUAUAUUAAGGGGUAUGAAUACUUUCUGAAGGCACUUUUCUCUGUUAGUUUCUGUAAGUAUUUUAUAAUAUUUAUUUGGGACUGAUUUCAGAAUAACAGUGAUGAGUUUAUGGAUUAUGUAUAUUAGUUGCAAACUCAUUUCCAAAUAGUUUAAAAGCAAAAUGGAUGACACAUUUUUCAGAAAGUACUCCAAUAAUGGAGGUAUUUUCUUUCCCUAUGUGCUUGGGAUUUACUUGUGCUGCACCACCUUUAUGCACCUUUAUUAUUCAUUUUUUUCACCUUUUACACUCCUUUAUUACUAUGUAUUACAUACAAAGACACUGUAUUGAAACAAUACUACAGUAGGGCAUAAAAACCGUCCGUCAUUUACAUCGUUGUGUUUUGAUUUCAUUGCAAAAGUAUAUCGCUGAUGAGAGCCAAUCAAUAUAAAUUUACCAAACUUGUGCUCUGUUCUUUUGUAGUGGGAAGAGAUCAGCGGGUUGGAUGAAAACUACACCCCCAUUCGCACAUACCAGGUUUGUCAGGUCAUGGAGCCCAAUCAGAAUAACUGGCUUCGGACUAACUGGAUAGAAAAGGGUGAUGCCCAAAGGAUUUUUGUGGAACUGAAGUUCACCUUGAGGGAUUGUAACAGUCUACCCGGUGUGGUGGGCACGUGCAAGGAGACAUUCAACUUGUAUUAUCAGGAAACCGAUUCGGAAGUCGGCAGGAAUAUACGAGAGAACCAGUACGUAAAAAUUGACACAAUCGCAGCAGACGAGAGCUUCACCCAGGGGGACCUGGGAGAGAGGAAGAUGAAGCUGAAUACAGAAGUGCGCAUCAUUGGGCCGCUGUCCAGACGAGGGUUUUACCUGGCCUUCCAGGAUGUAGGGGCAUGCAUCGCUCUGGUCUCUGUCAAAGUUUAUUACAAGAAGUGCUGGUCCAUCAUUGAGAACCUGGCCACUUUCCCAGACACAGUGACGGGUUCAGAGUUCUCCUCUCUGGUCGAGGUCGAGGGCAUGUGUGUCAGUGACGCCGAGGAGGAGGCCGACAACUCUCCCAAGAUGCACUGCAGCGCAGAGGGGGAAUGGCUGGUGCCUAUAGGGAAAUGUAUAUGCAAAGCAGGAUUUCAUCAGAAGGGCGAUGCAUGUGAACGUGAGUACAGUUACAGUAUAUUAACCUCUCUGUAA